AUCAACAAUACCACUCAAAGAGUCGAUCUCAUCCGGGUUCAGCGCUAACUAGCAACGGUUUGCCGUUUGCACAUGAAAUUGAAUAAUAAUUUAUAAAUCCGUGCCCUAAACUACAGCAGAGCUUUUGUGGAUGUUUUGACUAACGAUCUUAUUUAAACGCGAAGUCUUAGUUAGCCGAAAUGUCUGCGGAGGAAGCGGACAAAACAGGCACCACGGACGCCAGCGCUGGAGAUGAGGAGGAGGAAUGGCUGUAUGGAGAUGAGUCCGAGAGCAAAGAUGAGGAUGAAGAGGCCAAACUAAACGCUGCCGUCAGUGCUGCUCCUGCUGAUGCUUCAACAGAUGACGUUGCAGAACAUGCAACAGGCAACGGGGUGGUUUCUGAGCCCAGUGGAGAAGCUGCAGGUGAGGAUGAGGAUAGUGACAGCGACAGUGAUGAUGAUGAUGACGAUGUCCGUGUCACCAUUGGAGACAUUAAAACUGGAGCACCAUACACAUCAUAUGGAGCUCCACCUGUCAAUCUCAACAUAAAAUCCACUAGCUCCAGGCCAUAUGGACAAGUUUCAGCAAAGCUAAAAGGAGUUGACUUGGAUGCCCCCGGGAAUGUUAACGGUGUUCCAGUUUUGGAGGUGGACGUGGAGUCAUUUGAAGAGAAACCUUGGAGAAAGCCAGGGGCGGAUCUAUCAGACUACUUUAACUACGGCUUCAAUGAAGACACAUGGAAGGCUUAUUGUGAGAAACAGAAGAGACUUCGCAUGGGGCUUGAGGUAUCCACAGUCAGCUCAGUGACAAGUAAAAUUACUGUACAGCAAGGCCGAACUGGUAAUGAUAAAGAUGUGUCCAGUUUGCCAGUUCACACGUCCAAGGCAGACUUCACUGCACCAGUUAGUAUGUACAAGUCCUCUGGCAGCCAGAUCACCAGUAGGAUCUCUCCCACUCAGUGGACUUGCAAGCCGGCUCAAGACAUUUCCUAUUUUACAAAAUCAAGUGGGACAAUUGAUGUGAUCGGUGGUCAGACAGCUACGAUAAGCAGAGUAGAGGGAAGGCGCAGACACAAUCUAGAUGGCAACAAUAUACAGGUGCUCUCUGAGCAUUCGACAUCAGAAGCGGAGCCCACACCAGCGAAACUGCCAACAUUCUUCCCUCCGGGACCUCUUCCUCCAAACAUUCCCCCACCUCCAUUUCUCCCCCCGCCCCCGAACGUCAGCACAGCGCCACCUCUCAUUCCCCCUCCCAGAAUGCCUAUCACAGUUCCUCCGCCUGGCUUUCCUCCCCCACCGACUGGGCCACCCCCUUCAAUUAUACCUACUUUAGACAGUGCGCAUGCCGGAGGUUACGAUGGCCGCUCUGUCCCUCCCUAUCCUUUCCCACAAGGUGCUUACCCUCCUCCUAUGGCUGGAGGUGUGCCCCCUCCAUGGCCGCCAAUGAUGGACAAUUCUAAACCUUGGGACUACUAUCCUCGUCGUGAUGAAAAAAGAGACAAAGACAGAGACAGACCCAGGGAGAGAGCCCAUGAGCGAGAGAGAGAGAGGGAACACAGCCCCUCAGGGAUGAGCUACACCAGCGAUGAAGAGCGAUAUCGUUACCGUGAGUACCAAGAGCGUGGUUAUGAGCGUCACCGUGAGCGGGCGAGUCGAGAGAAGGAGGAAAGGCACAGAGAGAGACGACACCGAGAGAAAGAAGAGGGGCGCCACAAGUCCUCACGCAGCAGCAGUAGUAGACGGAGGCAUGACAGUGAAGAAGGCGAAGGCCACAGAAGACACAAGCACAAAAAGAGUAAGAGGAACAAAGAGGGCAAGGAGGCCAGCGAGGACAUGGGUGCAGAUCAAGAAAACCAGGAGGCAAUGGAAUAAAUCACUCAAUCAUCAGUUUUUUUGUUUUGUUUUAUUUUCCUUGUGUUAUUCCCAGACCUAAAUGAGGAAAAUGGUAAUUUGAAGCACUGGCCAACAAAACCAAGAAGUCAGAAAUUAUUAAUGCAUAUUUUCAGCCCCUAACAUUAAUCUCAAUUUGACUCCAUUUUGUUGUCAUUUGUCUUUAUUAUAGGAGGCAGUAAAUGCUCCCUUCAUGUUUAUUGAUCAGUCACAGUCUGCCCCUCUCAAAGAUCUAGGGCUCAGAAAUUUACAAUAUUGUACAAAUGGCGCCCUUUCUGUUUUUUUGUCUUUCUGUUCUUGUCCUGUAAAAUACUAUGCUAGACCGCUGUCAAGUCAAUAAAAACACUUUUGAUAAGAA